CACCAGCACCAGCACCAGCCUUCCCUCGUUUCGCAACAUCGGGCUGCUGCCACCAAAAACAGCCUUUCCGCCCUUUUCUUUGUGCAUCCCUACGCCCAUUCCCUCAUAGACUUUGGACCCUGUGCGCCCAAAGUUUCCGAUCACCGCUGGUCUAACCACCGCUCUUUUGCUGAAUUAGGCCGUGGGGCUUUCGCUCGCAAAGGGGGCACUCGUCACUUCGCAGGCCCGCUCAGCUUACGCCCACGCCGCACGCUCGUCCGAGGUCCGGCCCUGCCGCCAGCCGACGCCGACGCAGCCAUGUCUAGCUUUGGGGACGGGCCCAAGGUCACCGUCAUUCCAGGUACGAGACACCCUACAUAAACCUCAUCCUUCUCCGCACCUCUCUCCACAUCCCCUUUCUCCGAUCGAGCGUUUGAUUCCGGUCGUCAAUAUCGAAACAAGAGCCGCCUGCAAGAGCAAGAUCUGCAACCAUGCCUCGCAAGAAGAGCUCGGCCCGGUCCAAGUCGCCAUCCAAGAGGCAGCCCGUAAACAAGUUCAGCAAUCCUCAGCUCGCUUCGCAGUCAGUCGAGUCCGGGAACAGCAAGAUUAAUGUCGUAGCAGAAGCUCCGGAGCUUGGGCCACCAAAGCCCGCGGCCGACGACAGCCAGCGGCCUCCCGCUGAGAGGCGGGAAUCCGGCAAUGAGCACAGUGCUGCCGGCCUAGACGACACCACGAACAAACAGACUCGACCACAUCGACGGUCACCCUCUGCUGCGAGGAGCAGUGGCAGCAGAGCGGGGGAGUCCGAGGGCAACGACCAUGCCGCGGAUCCUGAGAAAGGCUUUGGAAGCGAAGGAACUGCCGACGAGACUCUUGUCGACGGAUUCGAUGUCGACAGGUCCGAUUCCACAAGCGUAAAGGCCAUGAGCGACGACAGCUAUCCGCGUAUCACUCUGGCAGCCCAUGGCCGCAGGAACAGCCAUCGCUUUGGAUUAAAGGCCGGAGGCGUCCGCUUUGCUCCUCUCCAGGUACCCUUCCAACGUCGCCUCCAGACGGGCGCUGUGUUGUUCCACGGACUGUCCAUCCUCACAUUCGUCUCGGUAUUCUUCUUCCUCGCGGCGAUUCCUUUUACCUGGCCCUUGCUGGUUCCUUAUCUUAUCCACCUCUCGCUGUCCAGUGUCGCCUCAAACGGCAACCUGACGUACCGUUCAGAAUGGCUCCGUUCGCUUCCCAUCUGGAAGUUUUUCGCAGAGUACUAUCCCGCCGAACUUCACAAGACGCAUGAUCUGCCACCCACCCGGAAGUACAUUUUUGGUUACCACCCUCAUGGAAUCAUCUCCCACGGCGCUUUUGCUGCGUUUGCGACGAACGCGCUCGGCUUCGCAGAGAAAUUUCCCGGUAUCACCAACUCCUUGUUGACUCUUGACAACAACUUCCGAAUCCCCUUUUACCGCGACUACAUCCUGUUCAUGGGUGUCCGAUCGGUGUCUAAGGAGUCGAUCUGGAACACGAUGAGCAAGGGCGGCACGAAUGGAGAGGGAAUGGGACGGGCCGUGACCAUCGUCGUCGGUGGUGCCAGGGAGUCGCUGGAGGCUCAGCCCGGUACCCUCAGGCUGAUUCUCAAGGGUCGCAAAGGCUUCAUCAAGAUGGCUCUGCGGACCGGGGCCGACCUCGUGCCUGUCCUGGGCUUCGGCGAGAAUGACCUCUACGACCAGCUUAGCCCGAGGACUCACCCCUGGGUGCACAACUUUCAGAUGUUUGUGCUCCGCGUUUUCAAGUUUACUCUCCCGGCUCUGCACGGACGGGGCAUUCUCAACUACGACGUGGGCAUGAUGCCUUACCGCAGACCCUUGAACAUCGUUGUGGGCAAGCCCAUCAAGAUGACGACAUCCCCUACCGCUCAACCCUCGCAGGAAGAGAUCGACCGGUACCACGGCCUGUACGUAGCUGAGUUGCAGACGAUUUGGGACACCUACAAAGAUCAGUUCGCGCCCGAGCGAAAGGCCGAGCUUCAGUUCAUUGCCUAAGCGACAUCUCGACGAUUCUACACCAAUUGUCUAUUUUCUUAUGUAUCCAUUUCUGGGGCGGGCAAGUUUGGUAUUUUCGCAUUGUCUACCUCGCGGCGGAAUGAUGGUUGGAUUUGGCGUCGGGAGGACCACAUGGAAAAGGGGGUUGGAAGACUGGACAAGCACCAAGCAACUGUGUAAGCAUCGAUUGAUAGGCAGAUGACAAAUCUAAAUCACUCGAGCUCAUUUGAACUCCUGAAAUCA